UUGCUCUCAAAACUGAAAUUACUUUUCCCAGUCCCGAACGGAAACGCCGCACGCAGCUAUAGUCAGUCAUCAACAAGCGCACCUCUCAAACAAAGUAACAAAGAGUCAAAGAUGGUCAGUGAAAGUGAUAAAGUUAGAGAAGCAAAUCAAGAAGAGGAAGAAAUAGUCUGCUUGGAGUCUUUCUUCAUCAACGAUGAUUAUCAGUUGACGAAAUUUACGUUUGGGUCUCAUGUUCUUGAGCUCUACUGUCUCCAAUCAGCUUCAACUGAUUUUGAUUUAACAGGGCAGCUCGUUUGGCCUGGUGCUAUGCUUAUGAACGGUUAUCUCUCAGAAAAUGCUGACAUUCUCCAGGGAUGUUCAGUUUUAGAGUUGGGAUCUGGCGUUGGUAUAACUGGAGUCCUCUGUAGCAAAUUUUGCCGUAAAGUUAUUUUUACUGACCAUAACGAUGAAGUGCUCAAGAUACUGAAGAAAAACAUUGAGCUUCAUGGACAUUCAAGCGGUCCCAACCCCUCAGCUGAAUUAGAGGCUGCAAAGCUAGAGUGGGGAAAUAGUGAUCAUCUUGGUGAAAUUUUACAGAAACACAAUGAUGGCUUUGAUCUUAUUCUUGGAGCUGAUAUCUGCUUUCAGCAAUCAAGUGUGCCAUUUUUAUUUGACAGUGUUGAGCAGCUUCUGCGGAUCAGGGGACAAGGAAACUGCAAGUUCAUACUAGCAUACGUCUCCCGGGCUAGACAGAUGGAUUCAGCGAUCUUGAGAGAAGGCGAUCAGCACGGGAUGCUGAUGAAUGAAGUUUCUGGGACUCGGUGUACCGUAGGAAACUUGGAAGGGGUCAUAUAUGAAAUCACUCUUCAAUAGAAGAAGAAAGGAAUUGUGUUUGAAUAAUUUAUUUCCCUUGAGACCUGAGAAUUUUUUACCAUUAUUUUUAUGUUAUUUUAGAUGCAUACAUUUGGUGAAUCCUUUACUAAAAUUACAGUUCAAAAAGUAUACAAUGACAUUUGUCAUUUGUGGA